AUGUUACACUGUGGUAUCUGUGGUAAAUUCUUAUCUCCGACUGACGCUGCUAAAUGUGGUGGGUGUGCUUUGAAAUAUCACCGGGCCUGCGUAGGAAUAUCUGCUACUGCUCAAAUUAAUAAAGACUGGAUGUGUACUGGCUGUAAAAAAAGCGUGCGCCGCGGUAAUAAUAGUCAGACCCUAGUAAAAGGAAUCGGUGGAGUAAUGGACGUGGAUGCUCCUUUGCCGUCGAUGUCUCCCCAGAAGAUAGAUGUAGAGCACCAGCGAUCUGACGCCGGGACUUCCCGGAGGGCUCAUUCGGGAAAUGCGAUAGAGUCCGAUAUGUCUGUUAUGAAAGAGUUCCUUCAGGAGUUCAAGGAGUGUAUAAUGAAGGAAAUGCGCGAGUUCCGUAUGGAAAUGGCACAGUUGCGGGAAUCCUUCACGACCGUCACUGGGCGUAUCGACGGCAUGGAGCAGCGUCUAGUGGCGCUGGAACAGAGCAGGGCGGAUAGUGAUGUCGGCAGAGUAAGAGAGUUAGAGUCCACGAUAGCAAAGCUCAAGCUCGAGUUGGAUGACAGAGACCGGGAAGCAUUGCUAUCGGACUUGGAGAUUGGCCAGCUCCCGGAGGAGAAGGGGGAGAAUGUGUUUCAUUCGGUAAUGGUGCUUGCUGGGAGGCUGGGCGUUUCAUUGGAGGAGCGUGACGUUGUAUUUGUGGAAAGGGUGGGAGUACCACCAGCUGAGGGAGGGCGGCAGCCGCGUCGUGUAGUGGUGCGCCUGUCGCGUCGUCAACUGCGUGAUGAACUGCUGCUGGCGGCACGUGUGCGUCGUGCUGGCUUGAACUCCGAAAAAGGCCCGCGUGUUUUCAUUAACGAGCGUCUAACCCGCUCAAGCCGUCAGCUUUUUCAUCGCGUGCGCGAGGAGUGUCGACGGCUGCAGUGGCGCUACGCCUGGACAAAGCGUGGCCGCAUCUUUGCACGGCAAGGGGAUGGGAAACCAGUUUUCCAAUUCCGCUCAGAGGAGGACCUCAACCGGGCAUUCAGCCCGCAGCUACCGGUUUCGUAA